AUGUUGGCUCGAAAGGUCUGGGGUAGGAAAGAGAUUCUGAAGCGCGACGCGUUCCUGGAGCCACUACUGCCGUCCAGCGUGCGGGAGGUCGUGCUCAAGUCGCAGCCCGGCGACGUUCUCAAGCUGAAGACAAGCAGAGGCUGGCACGUCCUCCGUGUGGAGGAUGUCAUGCUUGAUCUGCGGGUUCAGCGGAGAGAUCAAGGCGAGGUGCUGGAACGAGGCUUCCAGAACAAGACCUACGCAGUGGAAACCAUGGGGUGCCAGAUGAACCAGGCGGACUCAGAGAGGAUGGAAGGCCAGCUCAUGGCAGCAGGCUUGCGACCGGCUGCGGCCGAGGAGGACCCGGAUGUCAUCGUGCUCAACACCUGCUCCAUCCGUGACAAGGCGGAGAAGAGGGUCUAUGCACGUUUGGACCCGCACCUGCAGCGCAAACGCCGGGGGGAGGACGUGACCAUCGUGGUCAGCGGGUGCGUGGCGCAGCAGGAGGGGGAGGGGCUGCUCAGCGCCGUCCCCGAGGUGGACGUCGUGGUCGGACCGCAGUACGCCAAUCGUCUGGCCGACGUGCUGAGUGAGUCGCUGCAAGGCGGUCAGGUCUGCGCCACGGCAGAUGCCCGAAUCAUGGAGGACGUCACGAUGCCAAACAGGCAGUCCAGCACCUCUGCCUGGGUGAAUGUGAUCUAUGGCUGCAACGAGCGCUGCUCCUACUGCGUGGUGCCCGCCACCCGGGGCUCGGAGCAGAGCCGACCCAUGGAGGCAGUGAAGCGCGAGGUGUCGCAGCUGACUUCUGAAGGCUACCGGGAGGUCACCCUCCUAGGCCAAAACAUCGACGCCUGGGGCCGAGACCUUGAGCCGAGGAGGAGCUUUGCGGAGCUGAUACGCUACGUCGGGGGCACGAAGGGCCUCGAGCGGCUUCGGUUCUUGACGUCGCACCCCAGGUACAUUUCGGACGAGCUCAUCCACACUGUGAGGGCAUUCCAGCUGCCAUAUUGGGUGAUGUUGACGCAGUUUGCGAACAAUUUCACAUCCCGCACCACGGCUGCAGCUUUGGGUGUUACAGUGUUGGCCCAGUAG